AUGGCCAAUCCCAGGAGAAGCACGCGUCUCUGGCUCACCAGCAUUCUGCUCUUCGUGCUCACAACCACGGCGUCGGCCAAGGGGUGCACUGAGGUGGAGAGGGACGCCCUCCUCACCUUCAGAGCCCGCAUCGUAGAUCCGUCCCACCGCAUGUCCUCGUGGCGUCGCCUAGUAGACUGCUGCAGAUGGAACGGCGUGGUGUGCGACGACACCACAGGCCGCGUCGUGGAGCUCAACCUCCAGAAUUCGGAGGACAUGACUGUCGAGGCGAAUCAGGCGGCUCUGCGGGGUGAGAUCAGUCCGUCCUUGCUCUCUUUAACGCAUUUGGAUCGCUUGGAUCUCAAUCACAAUGACUUCGGGGGGUCACCGAUCCCCACCUUCCUGGGCUCUUUCCCCAAGCUCACGUAUCUCAACCUCUCCUGGUCCAACUUCAGCGGAGCCAUUCCGCCCCAGCUGGGCAACCUGUCCAGCCUCCGCUCGCUCGAUCUCCAUUCGUAUGGCUUAUCGAGCGAUCGCCUGCACUGGCUCUCGCGUCUCUCUUCCUUGAGAUACCUCGACAUGAGCGGUGUGAACCUUUCCAUGGCCUCCCACGAUUGGCUUCACUCAGUGAACAUGUUGUCCUCACUGGUGGAGCUACAUUUACCAUACUGUGGCCUCACCGACCUCCCCUCUUCUCUUUCCCAUGUCAACCUCACGACGUUGACCAUUCUCGAUCUCUGUGGCAACCUCUUCAACUCUACCUUCCCCAACUGGCUUCUAGAACUCCGCAACCUGUCCUAUCUUGUUCUUGGCGAUUCAAAGUUGCAUGGCGAGCUACCUGCUGGGAUCGGGAGAUUGACUCGUCUGACGCAGCUUGACCUCAGCGCUAAUUCACUCUCUGGUCCUCUCCCCGCGGAGAUUUGGAGUUCGAGGAGUCUAACAAGCAUCGACCUCAGCUUUAAUUCCUUCAGAGGUCCCAUGCAAGUGGAAGCAGGGAAUCGGACUAGUCUCUCACAGGUAUAUCUGAUCAACUGCUCACUCACUGGCCGCAUCCCUGCUGCGAUUGGGAGUUUGACUCGUCUCAAGGAGCUGCACCUCAGUGGCAAUCGACUCACUGGUCCCAUACCUGCCGAGAUUGGUAAUUUGACUGCUCUAACAACGCUCGACUUGGGUCAGAAUUCUCUCUAUGGAUCCGUACCACCUGAGAUCGGCAAGCUUUCCAACCUAACCUCUCUUGAUCUCUCCCUCAAUUCCCUGAAAG